UUCCAGGAUCAGUUCAGUUGCGUCUCAGUGGGUUUUGUUCAGACUGCAGAAUCUUCAUCUUCAACUCUUUGGACUGUUUGAAGAAACUGGAAGAAGAGACAUGAGGCAGUGAUUGUGUGGGGACUCAGCAUAAUAUGAAGGUGUGUGUGUGAGCUGUUGUGGAUGUGAAUUCAGCAGAAUGGAUCAGUGUGAGGACGGAGAGGAGGGAGUCCCUCCCUCUAAAACCUCUCUGUGUGGGGAGAGUCGGAGCAAAGAUCAGAGGAAUCAACCUGGACCUGGACCUGGACCUGGACCUGGACCUGCAUCCAGAACUGGACCUGAACCUGGACCUGGACCUGGACCUGAACCCAGCUGUGUGUCCUUGAAGAGUGACCGAUCAAUGGACAAGUUAAUUCACUUUAAAAGAGACCAACGUUCUGCUGUAAAUAGGGUCCAUCAGAAAGGAGACUCUCUUGAACAUGAACCCAGCUGUUUGUCCUUGAAGAGCGACUGGUCAAAUGAAAGAUUCAUUGACUUUAAAGGAGACCAACAUUCUUCUUCAGAAAGAGUGGACCAGCAGAUCUCAGAGCCUCCCAGCGGUCCGUCUGUCCAGCAGCAUCAGACACAGCUGGACUCCAUAUUUCUGUUGCUGGAGGACAACAUUGUCAUGUUUGUGAGGAACGAGCUGAAGAAGAUCCAGAGGGGUCUGUGUCCAGAUUACCCAGAAUCCCUAGAGCAUCUGUUGGAGGGUGAGGAUGAAGACCAGAAGAGCAGCAGAGAGGCGUUUGUGAAGAUCACAGUGAACUUCCUGAGGAGAAUGAAGCAGGAGGAGCUGGCUGAGCGUCUGAGCAGUACUUUUGCUGCAGUUUGUAAAAAGCGGCUGAAGUCUAAGCUGAAGAAGAAGUCCCGGUGUGUGUUUGAGGGGAUUGUUAAAGCAGGAAACCCAACCCUUCUGAAGCAGAUCUACACAGAGCUCUACAUCACAGAGGGAGGGACUGGAGAAGUCAACGAUGAACAUGAAGUCAGACAGAUUGAAGCAGCAUCCAGGAAACCAGACAGAGCAGAGACAACCAUCAGACAGGAAGACAUCUUUAAACUCCCAUCUGGAAGAGAUGAACUAAUCAGAACAGUGAUGACGAAGGGAGUGGCCGGCAUCGGGAAAACAGUCCUAACACAGAAGUUCACUCUGGACUGGGCUGAAGGCAAAGCCAACCAGGACAUUCAGUUCCUGCUUCCAUUCACCUUCAGAGAGCUGAAUGUGCUGAAAGAGAGAAAGUUCAGCUUGGUGGAACUUGUUCAUCACUUCUUCACUGAAACCAGAGAAAUGUGCAGCUUUGAAGAGUUCCAGGUCGUGUUCAUCUUUGACGGUCUGGAUGAGAGUCGACUUCCUCUGGACUUCCACAACAAUGAGGUCCUGACUGAUGUUACAGAGUCCACCUCAGUGGAUGUGCUGCUGACAAACCUCAUCAGGGGGAACCUGCUUCCUUCUGCUCGUCUCUGGAUCACCACACGACCCGCAGCAGCCAAUCAGAUCCCUCCUGAGUGUGUUUCCAUGGUGACAGAGGUCAGAGGGUUCACUAACCCACAGAAGGAGGAAUACUUCAAGAAGAGGUUCAGAGAAGAGGAGCAGACCAGCAGGAUCAUCUCCCACAUCAAGACAUCACGAAGCCUCCACAUCAUGUGCCACAUCCCCGUCUUCUGCUGGAUCACUGCUACGGUCCUGGAGAACGUCCUGGAGACCAGAGAGGGAGGGGAGCUGCCCAAGACCCUGACUGAGAUGUACAUCCACUUCCUGGUGGUCCAGGCCAAACUGAAGAGGAUUAAGUAUGAUGGAGGAGUUGGGACGGAUCCACACUGGAGUCCAGAGAGCAGGAAGAUGGUGGAGUCUCUGGGAAAACUGGCUUUUGAGCAGCUGCAGAAAGGAAACCUGAUCUUCUAUGAACCAGACCUGAGAGAGUGUGGCAUCGAUGUCAGAGAGGCUUCAGUGUACUCAGGAGUGUUCACCCAGAUCUUUAGAGAGGAGAGCAGCCUGUACCAGGACCAGGUCUUCUGCUUCAUCCAUCUGAGUGUCCAGGAGUUUCUGGCUGCUCUUCAUGUCCAUCAGACCUUCAUCAAGUCUGGAGUCAACCUGCUGGAGGAACAAAGAAACACCUCUAGAUGGUUUAAAAUAAAACCAGAGACUAAGCUCCAUCAGAGCGCUGUGGACAAGGCCUUACAGAGUCCAAAUGGACACCUGGACUUGUUCCUCCGCUUCCUCCUGGGUCUUUCACUGGAGACCAAUCAGAGUCUCCUACGAGGUCUGUUGGAACCAAAACAAAGAAGUUCACAGAACAAUCAGGAAACAGUUGAAUACAUAAAGAAGAUGAUCAGUGAGGAGCUGUCUGCAGAGAAAAGCAUCAACCUGUUCCACUGUCUGAAUGAACUGAACGCUGGUUCUCUGGUGGAGGAGGUCCAACGGUCCCUGAGGUCAGGACUUCUCUCCACAGAUGAACUGUCUCCUGCUCAGUGGUCGGCUCUGGGCUUCAUCUUACUGUCAUCAGAAGAUCUGGAGGUGUUUGACCUGAAGAAAUACUCAGCUUCAGAGGAGGUUCUACGGAGGCUGCUGCCGGUGGUCAAAGCCUCAAAGAAAGUUGUGUUGAGUGGUUGUCACCUCUCAGAGAACAUCUGUGCAGAUCUGUCCUCAGUUCUCAGCUCUCAGUCCUCCAGUCUGACAGAACUGGACUUGAGUAACAACCACCUGCAGGAUUCAGGACUGAAGAAGCUGUGUCCUGGACUGGAGAGUCCACACUGUCACCUGGAGUCUCUCAGGUUGAGUGACUGUAACCUCUCAGAGGACAUCUGUGCAGAUCUGACCUCAGUUCUCAGCUCUCAGUCCUCCAGUCUGACAGAACUGGACCUGAGUAACAACCACCUGCAGGAUUCAGGACUGAAGAAGCUGUGUCCUGGACUGGAGAGUCCACACUGUCACCUGGAGUAUCUCAGGCUGUCAGGCUGUCUGAUCUCAGAGGAAGGCUGUGCUUCUCUGGUCUCAGCUCUGAGCUCCAACCCCUCCCACCUGAGAGAGCUGGACCUGAGCUACAACCAUCCAGGAGAGUCAGUGAAGCUUUUGUCUGCUGGACUGAAGGAUCCCCGCUGGAGACUGGACACUCUCAGGGUGGAGCCUGCUGGACAACGAUGGUUGACACCAGGUCUGAGGAAGUAUUCCUGUCAACUCACCAUCGACACAAACACAGUCAACAAACACAUCAAACUGUCUGACAACAACAGGAAGAUGACGUAUGUGAAGGAAGAUCAGUCAUAUCCUGAUCAUCCAGACAGGUUUGAUUACUGGGAUCAGCUGCUGUGUAGAGAAGUUCUGAUGGGUCGCUGUUACUGGGAGGUCCAGGUGAGAGGAGGAGUUUCUGUAUCAGUGAGUUACAGAAGAAUCAGCAGGAAAGGAGAUUCUAAAGACUGUGUGUUAGGAUGGAACGAUCAUUCCUGGAGUCUGUUAUGUUCUGAUGAUGGUCGGUACCAAGUCUGGCACAAUAACAGAGUAACAUCGUCCUCCUCCUCUUCCUCAGUCUCUGACAGAGUAGCAGUGUAUGUGGACCUUCCUGCUGGAACUCUGUCCUUCUACAGCAUCUCCUCUGACAGACUGAUCCUCCUCCACACCUUCAACACCACAUUCACUGAACCUCUUUAUCCUGGGUUCGGGUUCAGGUCUAGUUCUUGUGGUUCAGUGUCUCUGUGUUGAGUUCAGUCUCAAGAGUCUCCUGUCAGAGAAACUGUCUCUGUUGGACAGAUAGUUGAGUCUGCACAUGUCUGUCUCUGUUUCCAUCAGAACGCCUGAAUCACAUGUUGGUGAAACUGUUCUGAUUUAUUCCUUGGAACCUUUUUCCUCUUCCAGUCCUUUAAAGGUGGAAGCUGCAGUUAUUAUAGCAUCCACAUGUUGUUCUUGUGUCUGUUUCCAGUCAGAGCUUCACGGCUAACAGCAGCAUGUUGUUUCUCUGCAGCUCAGUCCAGCUGAGAUCAUUCAGUUCAUGUCCGCUGCAGUUAGUUUGCUGCACAUGUGACCAACUGUGAUGUCAAAGAGGAAUCACUGAGCUGCAAUCAGCCAAGAUGAAGUUACAACCUGCUGACAGAUCUGAGCACAAGGUUGCUGUGCAGCCAGGGUUCAUCCUGGUCUUUAUUCACACCCACUUCCUGUUCCAACCAGGACGUCACUGCUGGACUGUCAGGUCUCUGUCAUGUUAAAGUGUUGAUGAAUAAGAUGAUCCAUCAAUCAUCUACAACUGCUUCUUCAUGUUCAGGUUCCCGGGGGUCGGCCUUGUUGAUUUUACACUGUACUAAGAAGGGCUACUUUUUAAAUAAAGUUCCUCUGAUGACAAUAUUUGAUAUUCACUAAUUAAAACCGCUGCCUCAACAUUUCCUCACAAUAAUUAUCAAAUUGAUUUAUCAUGCUAGGAAACAUUUCAACACGAAACAUUUUGUAUUCUUAAUCCAUUUAGUGUGUUCCAAUUUUCAAAUCAUCACUGUCGUAACAUUUUAGUAGCAAAUCAUGAACAUCUUCAAAUCAAGUCCCAUUAAUGCAAAAUUAACCCCCAUAACACUUUUAGCAAAUCAUGAAGUCCCACAUCUGUAGAAAUGAUCAGGUAUAAAAAUAAUCACAACUUCAAAAUCCCUACAUUUGUACUAAUAAUCAAAUAUGUAACACUGGUCUUGCAUGUCAGAGUGGUUGAUUUAAGAACAUCCAGCGACCAGGGGGCGCUGCUGCACUAGAUCCUGCUGAGAGCCGUUUAUUGUAUGGUAGAAGAAGAGAGACAAUGAUGAGAAGCUGGAUGAUGUGCAUGAAGCUGUUAUAUUACUUUGUGUCAUGAAUCUGAUGUUUGUUAUAUUGUUUUUUAUUGGAAGCACUUGUUGUUAUAUUUUAUAAUUCUGCUGGUGAGUAUUUCCAGCAGUGUUAUUUACUUCACUAAUCGUUGAAAAGUCAUUAGUUAUGUUAUCUGAAUGACACUGAUUGUUUUCUUUGUUGCCAGUUAAAUGUGAUAUUAUCUCAUGUUGAUGUUCAUGCUUAUAAACUUAUUUGGAUUGUGUGCUAUGGUUAAACAUAUGUUUAUUGCUGUUUAUUGAUUUCUAUUAUUCUCUGGUUUAUUCCAAAACCACACACACACCAUAACUGCAAAUUCACUCUCUAGACUGGAUUAAAGCACUGUAAAGGAAA